AUGAUGCACUCUUUAUGUUUUACUAGCUUAUCUAAAUGGUGGAAAAGAAAGAAGAAGAAAAGAAGCGUCGUUCACGUUCUGGUAGUUCAUCUAGUAGCACAUCAUCGUCAGGCAGUUCGUCAAGCAGUGAUUCAUCGGGAUCUUCACGUUCCUCCAGCAGUUCUAGUUCAUCUCGCUCGCCUUCGCCUCGUAGUAAGAGAGACUCGGGAAAGAGCCAGAGCUGAUCGAGGAGGAGGUGAUCGCCCAAGUCGUCGUUCACCAUCCCCUCGUCGUCGUCGAGUUUCUCCCUCUCCCAAGCGUCGAACUGAUCGCAGCACUAGCCGUGGUCGUCGUCGUUCCCCUCGUCGUUCUCCACGACGUGCAUCUCCGCGAAGGUCACCUAAGAGGUCUCCUCGCCGUAGCUCUCCCCGCAAAGCCAGUCCUUCGAAACGUAUUUCCAUUCGUAAUCUCAGUCGAAAUGUUACCAAGGAACAUCUUGCGGAGAUCUUCGGUAUGUAUGGUCCUAUAAAAAGCUGUGAUCUUCCUCCGGAGAGGUUCUACACUCAUCUGCAUCGUGGUUAUGGAUACGUCGAGUACGAAAACGCAGAAGAUGCAGAGAAGGCUUUGAAAUACUUUGAUGGAGGUCAAAUUGAUGGACAAGUCGUCAGCGUUGAAUUGACUCUCAAUCGUGCAACAAGUCGUCGUUCUCCUGCUCGCAAGAGUCCAGUGAGACGAAGGUAUUCCAUAUCUAUCGUCCUGGAAGAAGACGUUCGCCGCCUGGCCGCGGUGCAAAUGCAAACAUGA